UUGUUUCACGUCAUAUAGAAAAACAACCGUUAAUCGUGGUACAUCUAAGAAAGUUGACAAAGAAGUCAAGAAAAAAGCAAACGCCAUUUAAGUUUAACCUUAAAAUUCUAAGUAAAGUACUUGUGAGAAGAAGCCCUGUAUACAUACAUACAUAUAUACAUUAAAGCAAAAUGUCAUUAUCUCAACUGAUUUCCUUGGUCGAUGAAAUGCAGGAGCCACGCAGCCCAAUGUACGAAUUUGGCUUGGGCAUGCAUCAGCCUCGUUACCUUCAGAGCUGGGUUACUCCCCACCGUCUGGCAGUUAACGAGCAUGGUUGCCCAUGUGCUUCCCCAGUUUGUCCUGUGUCUCCGGCGGCUCAAAUCUUGGCUAAACGUCAGCGAAACCGUGAAUUGGCAAAGCACACUCUGGAGCACUGGCCGCUUUAUCCCCAGGUGGGAAAAGAUGGCUUUCAGGUGUGCAUGGAUGUAUCGCAGUUUAAGCCGAGUGAAUUGAACGUUAAAAUUGUGGACAACAAAACCAUCGUCGUUGAGGGAAAGCACGAGGAGCGUGAGGAUGAACAUGGCCACAUUAUGCGCCAUUUUGUUCGCCGCUACAAGGUCCCGGAUGGUUAUGAAGCUGAUAGAGUGGCCUCCUCUUUAUCGUCAGAUGGUGUUCUCAACAUCGUCAUACCCAAACCUCAGCCCAUUACGGACAACACCAAGGAGCGAACCAUUCAAAUUCAACAGGUGGGACCAGCACAUUUGAAUAUCAAGCAGAACCGUCCCGAAGAUAGUGACAAGGAGGUCAAAACCAAGGCUACAAACGGCAGUGCCAAGCAGUAGUACCAUUCCUUUGUUGCCCGGCCCACACCACCAUUUCCUCCAUCAUAAUUUAUUUAUUGCAUUUCUGUAUUAAGCAAAAGAUUUGUGUAAUAAACUAAAGUUUUUUUUUCAACUUACUACAAUA